CUGCAGUUUGAUGAUAGUUUAACACUGACGACAUCGUUCAUCGUCUUUAAAUUUCUUGGCAUUUUAACCAUCAAAUUGUCCAUUUUCUUCGGCAAUGGGUUCAUCUUCAUCGAAGCCAGUCAUUUCUAGAAACAGGGAAUUAACUGAAGAAGAAAGACGUUUAGAAGAAGCCAAGUCUCGCAUUAAGAAACAUGGUUCAAUUGGUGUUGAUGAUUUCAUUCAAGAUAAUGAUGAUGUUGAUAUGAUUCAACAAAUCGAGUUAUGGAUAAAUAAGGAAAUACAUAUUGCAAUAACUGGAGAAUCUGGAACAGGAAAGUCAUCUUUUAUCAACGCUGUGAGAGGACUUCAAGCAAAUGAUAAGGGUGCAGCACCAGUUGGUACUAAUGAGUCAACCUUAGUGCCGACUGAGUACACUCAUCCUGAAAAAGAAAAUAUUAAACUAUGGGAUCUACCAAGCAUUGGAACAUCUACAUAUCCUAAUCUAGAAGAAUAUUGCAAAAUUGAGGGAGGUCUAAAGAAAUAUGACGCUUUUCUUAUUUUUUCCAAAACACGAUUCACUCACCAUGUUCAAAAGCUAGUUGAAAAAGUUUCAAAAGAGCUUCGAAAGCCUUUCAUUUGCGUUUGCAAAAACGUUGAUCUCGAUCUGAAAAAAAACAGAGAAGAUGAAGGAUUACAAGUUAAUGAGGCCUCAGUCAUGGAAAACAUAAAGAAAGACUGCUUGAAAAACUUGGGGGAUUUGAUUGAUGAUGAAAAAGAUAUUUACACGAUUUAUAACAAGGCUCCAGAGAAAUUCAGCCAGUUGUGUCGGGAUGUGAUCUCAAAGUUGAUAGAACGUCGAAAUGUACGCUUUUUAGAGACCUUGGAUGACAUUUAUAGCUCAAUUGCUAAAGAUGAACAAUGCGCACUUCUUGCCCAAGCAAAGGAUCACGUUGAUCGUCAUGGCGUUUCUGGUAUCAAAGAUUUUUACCAUCGUCAAAUUAAUGCGUUCAAGAAGAUGAAAAUAAAUCUUGCCAUAACAGGAAAUUCUGGAACAGGAAAAUCAUCUUUUAUUAACACCAUGAGAGGACUUAAAGCUUACGAUGCUGGUGCAGCACCAGUUGGAACUACAGAAACGACAAAGGAGCCCACUCCAUAUUUACACCCAAAUAAUAAAAACAUCAUUUUCUGGGAUUUACCUGGCAUUGGAACACCUACAUACCCCGAUCUUAAAACAUACUGUAAAAAAGUUGGUGGUCUGGAGAAGUACGAUGCAUUUCUUAUUUUUUGUAAAUCGCGAUUCACCCACCAUCAUGGAGAGUUAGCCAAGAAAGUUUCAAAAGAUCUCGACAAACCUUUCUUUUUUAUUCGCACCUAUGUUGACAUCGAACUCAAGAAUGCGGAAGGGGACCAAGGACCAAAAUUUGAUGAAGCAUCUGCAUUGGAAAUAAUAAAGGAAGACUGUCUUAAGAAUCUGAAAGAUUUGAUCUGGCAUAAGACUGACAUAUUCUUGAUCGACAACAAGGUCAUGGAGAAAUAUGAUUUUGGUCGUUUGAUCGAAUCUAUCUCAGAGGCUUUACCACAUCGUAAAAUGGAAUGCUUUAUCCUUUCUUUGACAAAUGUGACUCGUAACAUCAUAAAACGAAAGGCAAAGCUGUUGAAAGUUCGAGCAACUGUAAUGGCUGCUGUUGCAGCUUGUGCGAUGGACUUUGCUCGUGUUUCUGGAGAUGGGCUUUACACAACUUUGGUUUUAAAAGAAAGAGCUUCUUACAAGAACAAAUUCGGUCUUCCCGAUGAAGGAACUGACAAAUUUAAGGGGUCAAGCGAAGAAUCAUCUCUCUUAUUGAAAUAUUCUGGGGAUGCGAACUUUACUCGAAGUGCAAAUAUGUUAUCGUUUCUUGACGUUCAUAAAUUUCUUUCAAACUGCAUUGAUGAUAUGGAAAAAGUUGCUCUUGACAUUUGGGAUGCAACAGUUAAAAGUUGCAGUAAAUGACCAGAACGCACGGUGCUUGUUUGGCCAAAUUUUUUUUAUUUAUCCUUCAACAACAAUACUUUAUUUUAUAAUUGAUGGUACAAAAAAUAUCUACAGUAGGUGGUUUUGUUAAAAACGUCAACUCUAAUAUAGAAUUGUUUGAAAUAGCUAAUAGUCGAUUGGUUUAAUAUUAUUUACAAAACUCGUUUCACUUAGGUACGCGUUGCGGGCACGUUGAUAAUUAGUACAUGAUAAAUUUUUCCCAUGUACCUAUUGGUUUCCAAGUGUAAUUCUCUUCUUUUAGUAACGUGACAUUAGUAAUGCACGUGUUUUGCAACGAAGGUCAAUUGUAUAAGCUGUUUUUUUUAAGCUGAAUAAAUAUUAUGAUAAAUAAUUCUUGGAAAUUAAAUAUAAUGUUAUGAAAAAUAUAAACAUCUCGUUUACAAUAACGGAAUAAAAUACAAGCAAUGAUGUCUUUAAAA